CAGGGCGGUGGCGGCCGGGUCCCCAUGGCUGGCCCGGGUUCCAGCGCGGCUAUCCCGGUAUGGCUAGCCGAGGACGACCUGAGCUGCAUCAUCUGCCACGGGUUGCUCUCCUGGCCCACCACGCUGGCCUGCGGCCACAGCUUCUGCCGGAACUGCCUGAUGAAGACGUGGGGUGCCCGGGGUGCAGGCGAGGCCGGGCGCCCUUGGGCCUGCCCCACAUGCCGCGAGGGCGCGGCGCAUGAGCCGCGGCUGUGCAAAAACACGCUGCUGCAGUACCUGGCGGACAAGUACAGCCGCGCGGCGCGGGAGCUGGAGGAGGGAGGGGAGCCCGCCGGAGGCCACGCCCACCGCGCAAGCGGAGGCCACGCCCACAACCUCGCGCAGGCGCUGGCUCCCCAGCCCCAGCGCUUCCGAGCGCAGCCGCGGGUAGUGGGACAGCAGAACACUGCAGAGAUUGCUCAGGAGCUGAAAGAGUUGGCUGAAGAGCUGGUAGCCAUUGUCAAGAGCCUUCAGAGGCAGAAACCCCUCUCUGGAUCUGGAGCAGACGAUGAAUUGAGCAUCUUGGACAAGACUUCUCCACAAACCCUUUCACUGGCUUCUUCAGAGCCAGUGACUCCCAAUGCAUCUGAAGGAAAAAUGAGAGAUAGUCUCCAAGAUUUAAAAGAAAUACUGGAAAAAUUGCAAAGAAUUCUCACGUGGAAUGAAGUUUCUGAAGAACAAACACAGGUGGAUGUGCUAGCAGUGCCAUCAUCUUCCAUAUGCCCACUGUUUGCCCAGAGCUUCCCAGCAACCAGGAGGGCCUCUCGGUUUGCUCAGUGGGCCAUCUAUCCAAGCUUUGACUUGAGGAGUCUCUCCUCUAACCUGGAAGUAUCUACAGAUUGCCGGACAGUGACUGUAUCUCACUGGCCACAUUCCUAUCCCUGGAGACCUGAGAGGUUUUCUAGUAGCCAAGUCUUGUGUUCCCAGGCCCUCUCUUCUGGGCAACAGUACUGGGAAGUAGACACUAGCUCCUGUAGCCACUGGGCUGUUGGAGUGGCUUCCUGGAGCAUGAACCGGAACUGGAUGCUUGGAAGGACUAUGGACUCUUGGUGUAUAGAGUGGAAGGGCACUGGCCAGUUCUCUGCAUGGACCAACGUUAAGAAAAUCAGCCUUGACUCAGACCAGCCUAAGGUGGUGGGCAUUUGGCUUGACCUUGAAGAGGGCAAGCUUGCCUUCUAUUCAGUGGACAAUCAGGAAAGGCUUCUGUAUGAGUGUGAAGUUUCCAUCUCUUCUCCUUUGCACCCUGCCUUCUGGCUGUAUGGUUUAAAUCCUGGAAACUCUCUGACUAUAAAGCAAGUCAAGGCAUAAAGGUUCCUUAGGGGUUAAAACACA